AGAAUUUCGGGAUUGCUGUUUACUUUACACGUUAAUGCUGAUGAUGUCUUUAUUGUUGGCGAUAACUUUUGUUUGACAAAUGGCUCGUCAGCUAUUUAUUUCACUAAUCCUAAAAGUAAUGAAGACCAAGAGUCCAUUUUGUAUCCAAAUCCUCCAUCUUCAAAAAUUACCUGUGAUUCUCAAACAAUGGUAUGUCCUGAUUGGCUUAUGAAAAAUUGGUAUAGAAAAGAUUCGUAUAGAACUUUUUCUCCUUCAAUUAUAACUGAUAGUCGAUGGCAAAGUUUUCCUACGAUAACAACAACUGAGUCUAUAGAUCGCAAAAAUUAUUUUUAUAAGGAAGUGGGGGAUAUAGACGACGAUAUGUCUAUUGCAUUCUCAGUAAAAGCAGAAUAUGAAAGUCAUAUUUUUUUAUGUAAUUCAUCAAUAACGUCAACUUGUUACUGGAUAAUGCUAGGAGGAAGCAGUGGAACAGUGUCCGCUAUUCGAAAAUGCUCAACAGAUGAAAUUCCUGUAAAAUUGAAAAAUUAUUCUAAAGGUUCCUGUAAAAUAAAUCGUGAUAAAAAGGAGGGCAAUCCUUUAGACGUGAAUACUUGGAAACAUUUUGUUAUCCAGAAAUUUAAACAUGUAUUGAAAUUACUUAUAUACAGCGGUGAAAAAUAUGGUUUAGAGACUUACCUGGAGCUGAAUGAUGAGUAUUUUAUAAUACCAAAAAAACUAUUUGUUCAUAACAAACACCCUUUACCAAGUUCAAAUUAUCAAGCCCUUUGGAAAUUUCACAAAUACUAUAGUUUCGAAACCAAAGGUCAAGGUCUAAUUUCCAGUCCGGCCUUUCAGCCUCAAAACGAAAAUAUUUGUGUAUCAAUGUUUGUGAAAACUUCUUCUCGAGGAACGUUAGACAUAAAUGUUAAAACAAGGUCAAUAUUCGAAAUGGAAAUAAAUAACAUUAAUACUAAUAAUACAUGGAAGGAGAUUAAGAUGUUUACUAAAGACUAUAACAAUAAGAAAGACGACAUGUAUAAUGUAAAUUUUAGAUUUACUACUGCCAAUCAAGAAGAUGGCAGUUGUGCAAUUGAUGGCAUUAGAGAAUGCAAUGAAAUAGAAUAUCGAUAUAUAAGAGCAGGAGGUGGCAGUUUGACUUGUCAACGAUUAGAAGAUCAAUUAACUCUGGAUAUCAGUAAACGAAGCUUCACUAUAAACAAAGAAACGAACUGCAAUGAAACAACUUUUGGAGAGACUUGUAUUCCGUGUGAUAUAUUUGGUGAACAGUUCUGUAAAUCUUUUAAAUAUUGUGAAUCGUCUGGGAUAACUAAGCAAUGCUUCUGUACUGCAGGCUACCAGAACGAUAAUUGUGAAGUGUGUCCAGAAAAGUAUUAUGGCCACGGAUGUAAAAAAUAUAGUCAUUGCAUGACAGGUAUUAAUAAUAUUGAUGGAAGUUGUAGAGGAGAUUGUGAAAAUCCCUAUGUUGGUAGUAGCUGUCAGGAUGUUAAAUUCCCUUUUUUUCUGAAUCCUCCCACGAUAUAUGCCGUUGGUACAAGAGGAUUUAAUAUAAUACAACAAAAUUUAAGUAUGGAAGGAAAUGCUGAAUAUUACUAUUUUGAGUGUUCGGAAGCUAGCCAGAUUGACUGGAAAAGAUGCAGUGUAGAUAUUUCUGUUAAUAUUUCCCAAGACGUACUAGUCUUUAAUGGUGAUGGUAUUUCUAUAGCUCCUGAUACAGAAUAUAACGUGAGAGCCGUCCUUAAAAACAGAGGGAGAUCUUUAGAUGAAGACUCUAUGCAGUAUGCAAGUGUUUUAACUAGUUGUGAUCAUAUAACUCAAGACGAAGUUAAUAUUACUACUACAAGCACCGAAGCAUUCAUAACACUAAACUUUCCUGCAGAUCGUUGCCAACUUACAAAAUAUCAAAUAUCUCUGGAUAAGGAGAAUACCAAGAUGUAACAUUUAAAGUUUCUAUCCCUAAAUUAAAGCCUUAUACUUCGCAUACAUUCAAUGUAAUAUACAUUUCAAAAGACAACCGAAUUGAAAUGAUUAUAAAAAAAGAUUUUUGGACUAAACGAGCAGAACCAUCGGAAAUUACAAGAUUUAAUUCCAGCUCUACAUCCACAACAAUUUCCUUGUCAUGGGAAAAACCGUAUAAAGAAAAUGGUAUAAUAUCUGGCUAUUUAAUCAGAUAUAAAGUAUUAAGAAAUCUGGUGUGUACACAAGAUGAGAAAAAUGAGUUGUCCAAUGUUAAAACAUCAGAAACGUCAGUUACUUUAAAGUUGUUAAAACCAUACACUAGGUACGAAGUACAUAUUCAAGCCAUAAAUGAGGAAUUCCUAGGGGUGGAUUUUUUAGAAAUUGUAGAAACUAAGCCUUUAAGUAAUAUCACCGAAACAGAAAUGAUAUCGAUUAAACAGCUCAUUCCACUAAUUCAUGGAGCAACUGUUAUAAUUAAUGAUGUAAUCUGCUCAUCAUUGUUCGGACCGCUCCUUAUAAGAUUCGAGUUAACUUGCCUCAGCGAUUGGUGUAAAACCGAUGCACAUAGAAAUUUAAGUGCCUGGUAUAAUCCGAAUAAUUUUAGCUUCAAUGUAAGCAGCUCUAAUAUUUUACCUUUCACAAAUUAUACUAUGACGGUAGUAAUUGUCAGAGAUAACACUUGGAAGUACGGUGACUACAAGAACUUUAAGACUCUACCUACAGUUGCCAAUCAAAUUUCUGGCUUAGAGAAGUACAACAAUAGUAAGACUUCAAUUUCCUUACGCUGGAAACCACCAUAUCCUCCCACUGGAAUUUUGGAAAAAUAUUUUAUUUUAUAUGGCUGGAGAAAAACAGUUGAAGACGUAAACGUUACAGAAUGUAAAUUUUGGAAAGGUUAUCACUGUGCAACGAUCGAUAAACAAAUUUUAUUCCAAACUUCGUACAAUAUACAAAUUUCUGCAAAAAAUCAGGAUCAAAAUCCUGCGCCCUACUCAGAUCCCGUCUCUAUAUACAUAGGAAGACAAGGACCAUCGGUGGUAUAUAAUCUGGAAGCUAUGUGGACGGAAAAAAAUGAUUUAAAUGUUUCAUUUUACCAUCCCAAUGAUACUAGGGGAGAACUUCGAAGCUUUGAAAUAUUAAUUAAUAAGCAAAAGAAAAAGGAAGUCCCUACAGAAUUUAUGCCUAUAUAUCAAUAUCAAUAUCAAAUGAACGCUUCGACAUUUACCACUUGUAAUACUUUAAAAUUAUCAGUCCAAGCCCAUAAUAUAUAUGCUGCCAGCGGCUUUUCAUCUAUAACUAUUGACACACCACCACCCAUACCGGAAGAAAUUGAAAAUAUUAAUAGUAACAGUACCAAUACUACAAUAACAUUGGAAAUCAAAAUAAAGAAAACAAUGAGAAAGGUCGACACUUGUAAUAUUUUUAUUUCCGGCACUGGCCAAAUGAAUUAUUUAGAGGAGUUUUAUACGAAUCCUUCGACAAGUAAUUUAAAAUUGGUGUACACAUCUUCAAAUGUGACUGACUCGAAUAUCAAGUUUGUUAUUGGAAAAAAUGAUGACCCUGUAAAUACUCCCUUAAACCCAGGAACGAAUUAUAGUGUAAUGGUAACCUUACUUAAUAAAUGUGAAAAUAAUUUGACUCGAAGUCAUACUCGUCAAAUGUUUAUACAAACUAAGGGAAAUUAUGUAACACCAAUAAUUGUAACAACGGCUGAAACUCCUACCCCAACAAAAUUUGAAAAUGUUUCAGCUAACGGUCUGUGGGCUCUUCUCUUAUUGUUAAUACUUCCCAUUGUGCUUAUUUGGUACAUCAAGAAAAAACAUCCACAUAUACCGCAGAUGAUAAAGCCGCAACCUAAGCUUCCCCCAGAAGAUCAGAUUGUUCUUACUGAUACCCCACCAAUGACUAAGCCAAAACCUAAGGUUAUCAAACCGAUGCCUAGUGAAGUGGCACAGGGCCCUAAGACAAAUAAUUCAAAAAAAGUAAAGAUUAUCGAUUUAGAGACAUAUGUGAAAGAAUCCAUUACAAACGGAGAGCUUCAGAGACAACAUGAUCUCUUUCCAAAAGGAUUAAUAAAACCUCAUAGCGUAGGAUCGACGUCAGAAAAUAAGAUUAAAAAUCGUUACAAAAAUUUGGUAGCAUAUGACCAUUCAAGGGUAAAACUUAAACGAUCUCCAGGAGAUAACCAGUCUGACUACAUAAAUGCAAACUAUAUCGAUGGCUACCGACAACGAAGAGCAUACAUAGCUACCCAAGGGCCGAAAGCUAAUACUCUAACAGAUUUUUGGAUGAUGGUAUGGCAGAAAAACGUAAGGGAUAUAAUAAUGUUGGCCAAUAUAUACGAAAAUGGCAAGAAAAAAGUCGAAAAAUAUUGGCCAGAAAUAAAUGAAGACAAACAUUAUGGAGAUUUUAAAGUUCACUACGUGUCCUCUUCAGUUCAUGCAAACUUUGAAGAAAGGAUGUUUACACUCUCACAUAACAACGAACAAAGAAAGAUCACACAACUGCAUUUUACGACAUGGCCUGAUCAUGGAGUUCCAUUGUACUCUCAAAGUUUAGUGCCGUUCUUACAAAAAAUUUUAAAAAUACCCUAUAGUCCUCAGUCACCAAUGAUAGUACAUUGCAGUGCAGGUGUUGGCAGAACAGGAACAAUAAUUCUAAGUGACAUUAUUCUCCGCAUGGGUGCUGCGGAAAAUUCUGUAGAUUUUUUGGCUUACCUAGAGGUUAUUCGGGACCAAAGGUCGAAUCUUGUGGAUAAUCUUGAGCAAUACAAACUGGCACAUUUGGUAGUACUAGAAUGCCUUUUCGGCAUGCGUACUUCAAUUAUGUGUAACGAUGACAUGCGCACUAUCGUAGAAAAUACUAUUAGCAAUAACGGCAUUAGAACCCAAAUGAAAUAUAUUGAAGAAACUCAAUGGCAGGAUUCAGCUAUGGAGACUAUUUUAGAUAAUGAAGAAGUAGCACCGAUUUACGAUGAGAAAAAUAGGUUUAAAAAUAUUGUUCCAGAACAUUACAGAGUAUUUGUCACUCGAUAUCCUCACGAUGAUGAGACUUCUUCGUACAUCAACGCCAUUUUGGUGGACGACUUCAGAAAUCCUGGAAGAUACAUAGUGACACAACAACCUAUGCCUAACACGAUUGGAGACUUUUGGCGAAUGGUAUUAGAAAGGUCGUGUAAUGUGAUUAUAUCCCUAAAUACUAUCGACCUCAAAGAUGAGACAGUCUGUAAAGUAUGGCCAGAAAAAAACGAGGAGCUGGACCCAGUAGAUUUUAUUAAAAUUGUACAUAAAAAAACAAGGCGUUUAGAAUUUUAUUCCAUUAUAACUGUAGAAUUAGUAACCCAACUUACGGAGGUUGAAAACACAACCGUUAAUAUAAUUGCUCUUGACAACUGGAGACACGAAGAUUUGUUACCAAACAGUAUUGAAGAAUUUUUAGCUUUUAAAGAUGCUGCAGAGGCUUUAUCACGGACAUCGGAAAGUAUUGUAGUGAUGUGCUACGACGGUGCGAAAGCUUCCGGGCUAUAUCUGGCAUUGUCCUUCAUUAUAGAAAAAAUGAAGCUAGAACAAGAAUGCGACGUUUGUUUAGCUGUUCGAACUAUACGACACAGUAGGAAACAAUUUGUUACUACAGAGGAACAAUACGAAUUUCUCUACAGAGCAUCAUUAACAUACAUUACAGGAUUCCAACCAUAUUCAAAUUUUGCUUGA